AUGGCCAAAUGGUAUGGCAUGGUAUGGUAUGGAUGGUAUGGUAUGGAUGACGGACCAAACUCAAAAAUGCGUGGAUGCUGUGGGAGAGAGUCGGACAGAACACAUAUUCUGGAUGGAAACCUCGACGGAGGCAGCAACUCGUCAUCGGUUAUAUCGGUGCAGGAAGAAAGAGCAGCAAGACAGAGUCCAGUGGCAGCCCACGCCCGCGUUAUGAUUUUGUGGCCAUUUUAUAACUAACAGCAUUCCAGCGGCGCCGACAACUGAGCCCAAAGUCCCCAGUUCAGUUCAAGUCCCCAUCCCAGGGAUCCCAUCCCAGUUUUAAGACCCCAACCCCAAAAAGGGCCGGGCCACACACAUCGAUGGUUUAGCCGAUGACGACGACGAUGAUGACCGCUCUUUGCCGCAGGGAGGAGGAGUUGGGGGCCAAGUGCAGUGGAAACGCCGUCUGGUGACAGAAGCGGCAACGGGAGCAGAGUCAACCAUCAUUCGAGAAGGAGGAUGUUAAGGGCCGAAGGUCCGAGCGAAACCUGUUGGGGUUAUGGAACGGAAACCCACUUCUUAACCAGGCAACUCAACGGUUUUAAUACCCUUUAAUGGGAGCAGAAAGGAAAAAAUGAGCUAGUAUCCUUACACAUUUUAAUUACUUCAGAAAGAACUAUAAUAGUUCUCCAAUAAAAGAUUGCGAUCUAUAUUAAAAAAGAAUUUAAAAUAGUUCAGCAGAAUUUAAUAUUUUAGUAUGAAAGCAUA